UUAGCACCUCUGGCAGCGGAUAUUAUAGAAAUUAAUCAAGAUGCUGAUGGGAUAAUUCCUGAAGAAAUUUCCAAAAAAUGCGAAGAAAGACUUAAGAAUGGUAGACCAAUGCCAAAAUUACUUUAUAUCAAUCCGACGGGAGCAAAUCCUACAGGCGUCGUCAUGUCGGAGAUUCGACGAAGAAAAGUGUACGAAUUGGCGCAGAAAUACAACUUCCUGAUCAUCGAGGACGAUCCUUACUGCUUCGUUCAUUUUUUGGAUGAACAACCCACGUCGUUUUUCUCCCUCGAUACCGAUGGUCGCGUGAUUAGAAUGGAUUCGUUUAGUAAGACUAUAAGCGCUGGAUUUCGCAUCGGCGCUAUUACAGCGCACAAAAAUAUCAUAAAUAGAUUGGUUAUUCACAUUACAUGCUCUAUUAUUCAUCCAUCAUUUUUAUCUCAG